AUGUUGCAAAAGCUUUCAAUCACCGCGUUGAUUGGGUUGUUGUCUUCGGCAGCAUCUUUCGCCAACGCCGAUUGUACUUACUCUGGUGGUAAUUACUACUGUGCUCAAACCGAUGCCAUCGUUUACUCUAACGUUGGUUUAUCUGCUACUUACCAGGAUGUCACCAACAUGGAUGAAUCUUCUUGUUCUUGUACCCAGGCCGACUUUACUUCUUCCGGCAGUUUGGCUCCAUUCAACGAAGAGUUAUCCGUCCAUUUCAGAGGUCCAAUUGAAUUAUUGCAAUUCGGUGUUUACUAUCCAAACGGAGAAUCCAAAGCCUUGAAGAAGAGAUCCGAGGCACAGCUAAUUGAAUCUUGUAACGAGCAAGGUGAAGCUGUCGUCUCCAGACACAAACAUCAGCACAGGAGAGAUGUUGCUGUCGAAUAUGUCCAAGUCACUUCUACCGUUUACGUCGAUGGUAGCGGUGAAACCGUUACUGCUGACUCCACCAACACUGUUGUCGGUCCUGCCGUUCCAUCUGCUUACACUCAAGUUUCUACCGUUUUGUCCAACACCGCUCAAACGACUGAAACCGGUGCAAGUCCAUCAUCUGCUUCCUCUUCCAAGACUACCACCACCACCUCCUCUUCUGCUGCUGCUGCUGCUUCGUCUUCUUCAUCUUCCAACACCAACGGUGACUGGUCAAGGGGCUCUUACUUUGUCCCAGGCUCUACCAGUAACUGUACUUUCAUGAACAACCAGGGUGGAAGUGCCGGUUCUGGUGUAUGGUCUAGUUGUUUCGGUAACUCCAUCUCCUUUGCUGCUUCUGACGGUACUUCCGGUGCCGCUUCUCCUCAAGCCCUUGGUGAUGUUACCUUGGCAUCCGGUAAUGAAUUUAUGAUUUUCUCUGGUGAUGAAUGUUCUGGCAACAAUGCUGAAUGUGGUUACUACAGGGAAGGUAUCCCAGCUUACCGUGGGUUUGGUGGUGCUGACAAAAUCUUUGUUUUCGAAUUUUCCAUGCCAAGUGACACUAGUGGCUCUGCUUACAACCAAGACAUGCCAGCUAUCUGGCUGCUGAACGCCAAAAUCCCAAGAACUUUGCAAUACGGUGAUGCAUCUUGUUCUUGUUGGAAGACUGGUUGUGGUGAAAUGGAUCUCUUCGAAAUCUUAACCGCUAAUUCUGAUAAAUUGAUCUCCCAUAUUCACGACGGUCAAGACGGUGGUACUCAAGACUAUUUCAACAGACCAACUGAUGGUUCUUUGAAAGCUGCUGUCAUUUUCAACUCAAGUGAUGAAACUAUUCAUAUUAUUGAAGUCGAUGAGAGUUUCGAUGAAUCUUUGAGCGAUGAUGUCGUUGACCAAUGGUUAAGCAAAGCUGGUUCUUCUGCCGCUCUGCCAUGA